AUGGCAUCUCAACCAACAUAAGAAACCUUUGUUCCUGUCUUUGUAUCUUAAGAAGAAUAUAACCAAAUUCUCUAGUAGCCUUCUUACUUGCACCAAUAAUUAUUACAAGAACUAUAUCAAAAGAAAUAAACUUAAGUUUAGUUACAACCAAACUAGUAAAUGUACCCUCCAUUACAAUUGCAACAAUAGAUUCUUAAUCAAUCAUAAAACUCAAAUACAUCUAUUACUAUACCAAAAAUACCUACUUUUCCUAACCAAUAUUCUUAAGUAUAAGCUUAGGGAUACCCAUAUCCUAAUCAACAAAUAUAAUAAUAGUAAUUAUAAUAGAAUCAAAAUUAAAUGUAAAAUUAGAAUUUAUUAUUGAAAUAAUAAAAAUAGCCUUUGAAACAUACUUAAAUUAAAAAAGCUGGAACCUUAGCACGUAGAUAUUUUUAUGAAUGGUCAACUUAUUUAUUUAUGAUUGAGAUAUGUAUUUCACUAUUUUUUAACUUCAUUUCUGCUUUAAUUAGUAUAUAAUUGGUAACAAGUAACUAUUAAUGGAAUGCUGGAUUAUGGAUAAUUUUAACUUUAUUCAUAAUAUUGAAUUUAUUUGUUUUAACUAAUUCGGUAUACAUUACUCAUGUAAUAAUUAUUAAAUAAAUUUAGGGUAAUAAUCAAUAGAUAUUUUAUUGGAUACAUGUUAUUCUAUAUACAUUACUUAUGUAAGGUAUUUAAACAGCUGUUUCUGGAAGUGCUAGAAUAUUUUCAUGGGAUACCAACUAUUUCUUUUACUUUUAUUUAUUGAUAUGUGUUGAAUUCAUUUCAGUGAGAUUUGCAUUUAAAUAAAAAGGAAUAAAGAAAAAUAUCAAAGAAUAUAUAAAUUAUAUAAUAUUCCCACCAAUAAUAGCAUACAUUUUAGAAUUUGUAUGUCAAUAUUAUCGCUUUUUCUAUCUUGCUUUAUUUUUGUGGCUCUUAGUAGUUAUGCUUAUAGGAGUUGGAUACAUUUUACUUGUUAAAAAAGUAGUUGAAAAAGGAUAUGUAAUUAUAAAAUUCUAUUUUUUUAGAACAACUUUAAAACUAACCAUAUUUUUGCAAUGGCCAUAAGUUUUCCUAUUUUAAUGAUUAGUCCAUUUUAUGAUGAGGAAUAAUGA